AUUAUUUUUAUUAAUUUUUUAAUGUCGGUGGGAGAAGUAAGGUUAUUGUGGUAUAAUUUAAGAUACUCCGUUCCUUUUUCAGGAAGCUGGAACAUAAAGAGGACAGUUGGUCCAUGGAUCUUCCUGUUUUAAUUCUAACUGUCAUUAUUGCUCAAGCAGCAUUGUGCAAUAUUUCAUUCUUUCAACACACACACACACACACACACACACACACACUGCUAUAUUGCAUAUAAAUAAUCCACGUCAUAAGCAAGGCUCAUUCAGCUGAUUUUUUCAAGUUGAUUACAUAGAGAGCUCUGAUGUACUUAGUGUGUUUGAUUUAAGACGGCUGACAUUUCAAGCAGCUUUAAUAUUUCUGAAGCGAUUUACAUUUGGGCACUAAUGAAACACAAAUUUAUUGCGCCAGAGUUUAGAUGAAGUUAUUGUUUAAACAGGCGAAGUGGCCUAUAGAAGGAUGCAGCAGAGUACAGUCCACAUGUCUGGUCUGGUAUUUUUAUUAAUACACAGACAUCUGUAAGUGGAUAUUAAUGACGGAAGCAGACCACUCUUCUUGGCUUACCAAUCGAUGUGAAAACAUAAGCUGUUUCGGGAAUAUUAUGACAACACUUAUCAAAUGGUUUUUUUAUGUACAUUUCUAUAAAACUGGUUCAGUUUGUUCCACUGAUUAUCACCCGUUCAUGUGAACUGUACUUGCUUGCCUCAAGGUGUGCCAGGGGGUUGUCUUUUCAAAACCAUGCUGACACCUCACAAACACAACUCACACAACCCCACACACAUGCAGCGUCCGGAUGUGCUUGAGCCUGUACCUACAAAACUUGUGCAACUGCAAUGAAAAUAAACCAAACUAUGACUACUCUGGGAUCUUUCAAUCAACUCUAACACUAGAAUCCAUAGAAUAUUUUCGUUCUGAAGACUUUGCAGUGGUUGUUGUUGUUAUGAUGAGAAUGUGAAGCUGUUGCCAUGUCAAUAUCCUCUCUAGAAGUGUUCUCUACGGAACCAUUCCUAAAUGGAACAUUCACAGCAGAAGGUUCCUCCUCUGGACCAUACACAGAACCCCACUCGGAGGACAACCUUAUCGCCUUGGGCGACAACAAUGUCACAGGGUCAGACUGCACCUAUAAGGAGGAUUUUAAGCGCUUCCUACUUCCUGCCAUCUACAGUGUGGUCUUCCUGAUUGGUCUGCCUCUGAAUGGAGUGGUCAUCCUGAAGAUCUGGAGGUCACGACCCAACCUGACCCGGAGCAACGUCUACAUGCUCAACCUGGCCACGGCUGACUUCCUGUAUGUGAUGUCACUACCUCUGCUCAUCUACAACUACGCCAAUCAUGACUACUGGCCCUUUGGAGAGCUGGCCUGCAAACUGGUCCGCUUUCAGUUCUACAGUAACCUGCAUGGCAGUAUACUGUUCCUGACCUGUAUCAGCCUCCAGCGCUACGUGGGCAUCUGCCACCCUAUGGCCGGCUGGCACAAGCAGGGGGGUCGCAGGCUGGCAUGGGUGGUGUGUGGGGGUGUGUGGCUGGUGGUCGUCGUCCUCUGUGCCCCCACGUUCCACUACGCCUCCACAGGAACACAACGCAACCGCACCGUCUGUUACGACCUGAGUCCCCCGGAGCACUCGGCUGACUACUACCCCUAUGGGAUGGCUCUGACCUGCCUGGGCUUCCUGUUGCCUUUUAUGGGCGUGGUGGCGUGCUACUGUCGCAUGGGUCGCCUCCUCUGCCGCCCGCCGUCCUAUCAGGGUGUUAACAUGGCCGCCUCAAUGGAGAAACGGGACAAGGCGGUGAAGAUGAUAAUCAUUGUGGUGACGGUGUUUGCUGUGAGCUUCCUGCCGUUCCACCUUACUAAAACCAUGUACCUGUUGGUACGAACCUUAUCAGAUGCUCCGUGUGCGACACGGAACCUGUUCUCAGUGAUCUACAAGUGCACCAGGCCAUUCGCCAGCAUGAACAGCGUUCUAGAUCCUAUACUGUUCUAUUUCACACAGCCGCGGUUCCGCAGGAGCACCAGAAUACUGGUCACCAAGAUCACCACUCUCAGAGACCGGGAACCAAGAUGUGAGAAAGUGAAAAACCUCACCAAGAACCCUUGAUUAUUUAGGACCCAUGUUUAACUCAAAGCUCAUUCAAUGGAAACUCACUUUGAAACAAAAUAACUAAGGUGUGUGUGUGUGUGUGUGUGUGUGUGUGUGUGUGUGUGUGUGUGUGUGUGUGUGUGAACAUCCAUAGUCCACAGUUGUAUUACACCUAGAUCUAUAGUCCACAGUUGUAUUACACAUAGAUACAUGGGUUUUUGGGUACUUAGAACCCACCCAGAACCCUCAUUGACUUCUGCUCUGCCAGCAUGUGAACAAGCCAGUGUGUUUGCUAAAAUGCAUGAAGUAGUCAGCCACAACACUGCGUUUGGUUGCCAUAGUAUUAUGUAAUGCAUCCUGUAUGUCUGUUUAGUAUAUGAGCCACUAGGUGGCGUGUGUUACCUACAUGUCCCAUGGCCUUAAUUAUAAUCCACCCCAAACCACACAUUCCUAUGAUUAACAGUGCAUAACACUAAUAUAAGAAAACAAUAUACACUGCUCAAAAAAAUAAAGGGAACACUAAAAUAACACAUCCUAGAUCUGAAUGAAUUAAAUAUUCUUAUUAAAUACUUUUUUCUUUACGUAGUUGAAUGUGCUGACCACAAAAUCACACAAAUGUAUCAAUGGAAAUCAAAUUGAUCAACCCAUGGAGGUCUGGAUUUGGAGUCACACUCAAAAUUAAAGUGGAAAACCACACUACAGGCUGAUCCAACUUUGAUGUAAUGUCCUUAAAACAAGUCAAAAUGAGGCUCAGUAGUGUGUGUGGCCUCCACAUGCCUGUAUGACCUCCCUACAACGCCUGGGCAUGCUCCUGAUGAGCAUGCCGGGCCAGUCCAUAGCAUCAAUGCCUUCCUCUUGCAGGAACUGCUGACACACUCCAGCCACAUGAGGUCUAGCACUGUCUUGCAUUAGGAGGAACCCAGGGCCAACCGCACCAGCAUAUGGUCUCACAAGGGGUCUCAUCUCGGUACCUAAUGGCAGUCAGGCUACCUCUGGUGAGCACAUGGAGGGCUGUGCGGCCCCCCAAAGAAAUGCCACCCCACACCAUGACUGACCCACCACCAAACCGGUCAUGCUGGAGGAUGUUGCAGGCAGCAGAACGUUCUCCACGGCGUCUCUAGACUGUCACGUCUGUCACAUGUGCUCAGUGUGAACCUGCUUUCAUCUGUGAAGAGCACAGGGCGCCAGUGGCGAAUUUGCCAAUCUUGGUGUUCUCUGGCAAAUGCCAAACGUCCUGCAUGGUGUUGGGCUGUAAGCACAACCCCCACCUGUGGACGUCGGACCCUCAUACCACCCCCAUGGAGUCUGUUUCUGACCGCUUGAGCAGACACAUGCACAUUUGUGGCCUGCUGGAAGUCAUUUUGCAGGGCUCUGGCAGUGCUCCUCCUUGCACAAAGGCGGAGGUAGGUCCUGCUGCUGGGUUGUUGCGCUCCUACGGCCUCCUCCACAUCUCCGGAUGUACUGGCCUGUCUCCUGGUAGCGCCUCCAUGCUCUGGACACUACUCUGACAGAGACAGCAAACCUUCUUGCCACAUCUCGCAUUGAUGUGCCAUCCUGGAUGAGCUGCACUACCUGAGCCACUUGUGUGGGUUGUAGACUCCGUCUCAUGCUACCACUAGAGUGAAAGCACCGCCAGCAUUCAAAAGUGACCAAAACAUCAGCCAGGAAGCAUUGGAACUGAGAAGUGGUCUGUGGUCACCACCUGCAGAACCACUCCUUUAUUGGGGGUGUCUUGCUAAAUGCCUAUAAUUUCCACCUGUUGUCUAUUCCAUUUACACAACAGCAUGUGAAAUGCAUUGUCAAUCAGUGUUGCUUCAUAAGUGGACAGUUUGAUUUCACAGAAGUGUGAUUGACUUGGAUUUACAUUGUGUUGUUUAAGUGUUCCCUUUAUUGUUUUGAGCAGUGUGUAUAUAUAUAUAUCUAUAUAUAUUUUUUUUUUAACAAAUAUUUCAUUUUUAGCUAUUUGAAAAUCGAUGUGGAAUCUUUUGCAGCUCAAGUCAACUACAAAACAUGCAAUGCUCUCUUUCUGGGCUAGCUAGCAAACGUGGCUACACACAGCAAUAGCAAAGUCAAUAUCAGCAUGUAAAGUAGCUAGUUGGCUGUAAAAUCACCUAAUCAAACUACUAUCAAUUUAGGAGUAUAUCUCACUAUUCAGUUUGCAGUUCCUCUUUGCCCAGAGUGAGUACAGAAUACGUUGUUAUGGCAACAAUGAUCCAUGGUUUCAACAAUGAUCCACGUUUCCCCACAGGCACACAGUAUGCAUUGCAAGAUGGUACUUGAAGGACAAAACUGAGUUGAAUAAAUUGGUACAAUGUUUUAGAUUGAGCAUAUCUAAGUUAAAUGUGUACUUUGUCAUGAUAUUUGCCCGAAAAGCCGGUCUUUGGAGGAUAUAUUGACACGGGUGUUGUUAGGCCCGAGACACUGGCUAUGAGGGAAUUAUUGAAACAAUGUUGCAAAUGUUGGAGAUAGAGACAGCAAGGUUUAUACAAAUCUAUGCUGUUGAAAACUAAAUGUUAUUCUAAAAGAAAUGUGAGAAUGUCUAAAUGCUUUUUUAUAGUGGAGAUGAAGUUUAUACAUUUCCUGGCUGGGUAGAUGAGACAGUGGAUUGCGCAGUGAGAUGGAACAGAGUAAAUCGGCAUUUUAACGUCAUAGAUUUAGCCAGUGGUAAUUUGCGGAAUAGACACCGGCUGGAAUGCGGUUUUAACCAAUCAGCAGUCAGGAUCAGACCCACCCGUUAUAUAUGUAAAUGAGUGGAUGCGCUCUAGACAAGUAUACCCAUACUAUCUAUUGGCCGACUUGGUGAUCUAGAUUGCAGGUAAUUGUUUUUAAAAGCUUUUAUGAAACGUGAUGAGAACCAUCUAGCUAUGACGCGUUCCUACACGAUUUCCUGAUUUCACAGACUGACCACUUCCAAGUUAAAUCACUAGGAAAUGUUUUCUUUGACCUACCGAUAGAACACAUGCUUUCACCAAAUUGACCAGAGUUUCAUAAAAAAAAAUAUAUAUAUAUAUAUAUAUAUAUAUUCUGGGGUUGGAUUAUCCUUCUGAAAUUGACUGUUUCAACUGUGGUGUGCUGUUUCUUGUGUGUACUGUACCUUUCCUAUCUAAUAGGUAUUUAGACAUAUUUUAAAAGUGAGAAUGUCUGAGACAAACAUUUUAAAUGUCUUGAAAUAAGCACUUGUAUGCAUGACAACGUGUCCCUGGCAUGUAGAUGUAUACUGAUGCUUUGUGGUCUAAUUCACUGCUCAAUAGUUUUGCCACUACAUGAUGAGGUCUAGUUUUCUUUUAGUUAAAUGUUGCUUAAUGUGUUUUGUUUUUCUGUUAUUUUUUUCAAACCAUGGCCUUGUACAUAAGUCUCCAAGAGGAUAUCACAGGACUGCCAGAUCCGCUGUUGUUCCUGUCAGAAGAUUGGAUUACUCAAUUACUCAAUACCACAAAUUAUUGGCUUGUUUUGGUCAAAUGUGAGUGACAGCUGAUGUUUUUGUUCCUAAGUCUGUCUGGAAUGUGUGUUGUGUUUGUUUAACCUCUUCCUUAGCUUAAGGCCCUUAAUGAAGUGAUAUGUUUUAUGUGGGGCACAUGUCUGAAUGGGUCUAAUAGGAACCAAGGUAGAUGUCAGAUGCUCUUCUUGGAGCGGAUAUAUUUGAGUCAGUGUAUUUUUUUGUUUUACAGUGAAGUCUUAUUUUUAUAACAUAAAGAGAUCUGAAUUAUAUUUUUGUUAAAACUAAUUUGUAUUUCUUCACUUAUGUUAGUACAUGUAUUUAUUAGUUGUGCUGUUUCAUACAUGCUCAUGCCUCUGCUUUGUAGAUGGCCUCUUCAAUUAACAAGCCUGUUGACACUGUAAUAAACUUGCUGUUGUCAAUAAAGAUUACAUGUAUCAACCAAA